CUCCCUCGUGCCCUGCGCCCGCAUGACCAUCCGCCGCUCGUCUCAUUGGCUACAGCUCAGGGUGUAGGGGCGGGGCGGGCGGAAGGUACGGUGGCCGGUGGGGUGUUUCCGGUGUUGUGCGCGCCGGGGCCGGGGCCGGGGCCGGGGCCGGGGCCGUCUGCGCUCACUCCCGCCAUCGAGAGGGGCGGGCUUCAGGCGGCGGCGGAAGGAACGCGGGUCCCCGAGGCCCAGUGAACGGCGCAGGAUGAGCGGCAAGGACGGAAACGAGGAGUUCUACCGACAGCUGCAGCUCCAGCAGCAGUAUGAGGCCAAGCCAGCCGAGGGUGAAGGCAAGGGCGAGUCUGACCCGUUUACCUAUGUGGACCCUGCGGACGGGGCUGCCUACGAGUGGGACCUGGAGAAGAAGGCAUGGUUCCCCAAGAUAACAGAAGAUUUCCUGGCAACCUAUCAUGCCAACUAUGGCUUCCAUGCAGAUGAGACAGAUACUUCAUCUGCUUCUGGUACAGCCACUGAAAGUAAGCAACCAGUAAGUUCUAAGACACCAGGAACACAGCCAUCAGCAAAUGAGAUGGGACAAAAACAAACAGAUCCAAAACAAAAAUCAGAAAAAAGGAAGCUAGAGCCAGGGUGGUUUCAUGUUGAAGAAGACAGAAACACAAAUGUUUAUGUGACAGGUUUACCUCCAGACAUUACAAAAGAUGAAUUUGUACAAGUCAUGUCAAAAUGUGGUAUCAUCAUGCGAGAUCCUCAGACAGAAGAACACAAGAUCAAGCUGUACAAAGAUAAGGAAGGAAAUCUUAAAGGAGAUGGCCUCUGUUGUUAUCUGAAGAGAGAAUCAGUUCAACUUGCUUUGAGGCUUCUGGAUGAAGCAGAAAUCCGAGGCUAUAAAUUGCAUGUGGAGGUUGCAAAGUUCCAACUGAAGGGGGAGUAUGAUGCAAGCAAAAAGAAGAAAAAAUGUAAAGACUACAAGAAGAAGUUGUCGCAGCAGCAGAAACAGCUGGAUUGGAGGCCGGAGAAGAAAGAUGGGACAACUCGAAUGCGCCAUGAACGCAUCGUUAUUAUCAGGAAUAUGUUUCACCCCAAGGACUUUGAGGAGGACCCUUUAGUGUUAAAUGAGAUAAGAGAAGAUCUGCGGACAGAGUGUGAAAAGUUUGGUCAAGUAAAGAAGGUUCUCAUAUUUGAUAGGCACCCUGAUGGUGUUGCUUCUGUGUCAUUUAAAGAAGCAACAGAAGCUGAUCUGUGCAAGCUGACUCUAAAUGGAAGGUGGUUUGGUGGCCGUCAGCUCAGUGCUGAAACAUGGGAUGGUGUAACAGAUUAUCAGGUGGAGGAGACUGCAAGAGAAAGGGAAGAAAGGCUCAAGGUGUGGGAGUCAUUUUUAGGGGAUCCUGAUGCCAAGGAGCAGCUAACGACAGCUGAUUCGGAUUCAGCGUCAAGUAGUUUUAAACUGCCGGAAGGGAAACAACCUCCAGAGGUUAAUGACACACCUAAGGAGGAUGCAAAUGUUGAAGCUCAUAAGAGGGAGAAUAAUGGUGAGGGUAUUAAUGAAGAUGGAGCUCCAUCCACAGACAGCAGUGUUGCAGACAGCGAUGGUGAAGCUGAUACAUAACAUCUUUAAUGCUUUAAGAAAGUGUGAUUUUUAGGGUGAUGUUUGAGUGUAUCCCUUUCUUCAUGAUGACUGCAGACAAUAUUCAUAUGAAUAUAGGUAUAUUAGAAUGUCAUCAUCUGUGUGCUUUGAAGUUUUCAUUAAAAGCAGUAUUUAAUGAGGUUCUAAAAGUUUGUAUUAAUUGGCUGUUCAGGUUUAGUAACUCAAGUUGCCUAAAAUGCAGUAAAACUCAUCAGGCUUCUUUUGCCCUAACUAUGCUUGCCAGUGUUUCAUCAUGUGAGUGUGAAAUAAGUUCCAACCCUUAAGUUUAUGUAACUAUAUGUAACUUACGCAAUGCAAAGCUUUUACAAGAUUUGUGGAUUGUACUGUUAAUUUUCCUGAGCCCUUGGAACUCGGUGUUUCAAUAAUCUGUGUCCUGGUACGUUGGAUCAUUUUAUGGAGCAGGUGCUGUGAUCCAUAUAGGGUGAAUGCAUUGGAUGUGUUGCUAUGUCUUAUGUAGCAGAUGAUAAGUAGUAUCAGGUCACAAGUGUAAAGAAAGUGGCAGACAGUGCUGCCAUAGCAAUCCUAAGGCAAAAUGAGUGAAGAGAGGUUAUUAAAUCACAGCAUUCAGCAAAUUAAUUUUUCUUUCCCCUGUUUAGAUAUUCUGUUGAUGUUGGAUAGAGGCUGGAAUUGUGUCAGGGAGACUAGAAAUGCAUGAACACACAUAUUCUAGGCCAUAGUAACAUUGGUUUUACACUCUGAUGGUCUGUAUGCAGUAGGUAUCAAAAUAGGCUUUUAAUUUUUGUGGUGGCUUAAUUAGUUCUUGCUUUUAUAUUAAAGUAAGGGUUUUUCAUUAACUUUGUUAACAUGAUGAAGGUGAGUUUUCCUCAGCAUUUUAGUUUAGUUCUGUGUGCUCUUUGCAGUGGAGAGGAUCUUUGUAUUUCAUAAAAUUUAAAUGCUUUUGGCAGCUCAAACUGCAGUUUGUUGUGCAAAAGUUAGAAAUGUUAAAAUGCUUUCAAAUAAUGCUCUUAGGUGGAAGAAGCAAAUGAUAGUCCUCUUCAAAAUAUUUCCGAAAGCAAAGACUUAGAAGAUAUUCUAACUUUAGAUAUCUUAUUAAGUGGCAGGUUUUCAAAAAGAACUGGGGGGAGCUGUUUUGGGCAUAGUCAUUCUUAAUUUAGAAUUCUUUACUUUGAUAGGUAAGCAUAGAAGAACAUGGAUUUAGGCACUAAACAAUUAAAAAUUUGUAACAUGCUGUUCAUAUGGAUGAUCACCAGUGCACAUUUGCAGGGAGGAUCCUUUGAAUGUUUUUAAUUCAUCCUGGGUUGCAAGAAACUAUAGUUGCUAAUUCCUGUGCUUCUGUCAUGAGGUAAUCUGAAAAUGUUAUUUUCAAAUCUUGUGCUCCAAGAUUAUCAUACAGAUUUUUUUCUUGGAUUCUGUAUGGUUGUCUAAGUUUAUUUUGUUGGAGUUUUUUUAAUAUAUAGUCAAUAUGUGUGGUUGGCUAUGCCAACAAAAGCAUCUAAGUUAUCACUUGACACUGUGGUCAAAAAUUAUAUAAAUUUAAUAUUAUAUAUAAAUUUUUGUCACAAUGUGUCAUCUCUUGUGACAAAAGUAGCUGUCAUAUUUUGAAUUUAGGGGUUAAAAGUCUGGGGGCUCAUAAUAGGCUGAUAUGACAAAUUUCCCACUUUAAGUUGCAGUAUAAAGAAGAGAUGUAGCUCUUGCCAGCUGAAAAAAGUCCGUUUUCUCAUCUUUCCAAGUAUGUGGAUUGUGUGUUUCAGCAAAGCAGAUGUUUGAAGAAUUCAGGGAAUCUGGAACACUGCCUAUUUAGUAGCUGCAUGUAGUGGUGUAUUCAGAUAUGUUUCUGGGUUGUGUUGCUUCUGCCUCAGUUAUUUUUAUUGGUAAGAAGCACCACAGACUUUUGAGAGCUGGAAGUGUUUGUAUGUGAGGAGUGUAAUUUAGUAUGGUGAAUAUUGCUUUCAGUGCUCUUUUUUUUCUUCCAGCUUCUAGACUCCUGGCUUUAGAUCUCUCACUCUUGUGUUUUGUUUACUUUUUUUUUAAGGGAGUCCAGUUAUAUAAUACUACACAGUUAAAUCCCUUCUUUUACAGUGGAAUUUCAACUGAUGUAGGGAAACUUGUGGAAAUAUGUCUAAAACCUGUUAAGUUCUAUGAAGCCUGAUCAUGGUAUCAAAUAUGGAAAACAAGGUUAGUGUUACUAAUAAGAAAUAAGACUUUGAAAAAUAAGGAAUUGUUGUAUGUGCAGUGAACCUUCGUCCCUCCAGUUGAUGUGCAAAUUUGACUGGCUUACUGCAGAAGUUCAAUGUGCUCUUAGUCCUUUCACGUUCUCCUAUAGACUUCACACUAAAGUAGUGCACCAAAAAAGACUGAGACCAAAUGCUUUAUUGGCUUUCCUAUUAACUAAGAUUCUUAAGAAAUAAAAGCUAUUUUUCUGUGCAAGUAUGUUGUUCUCAAGUGUGGCAUUAUACUCAAACUCAUAUUUUCCUUUUGUCUACCUCUAUUUUCCCCAGUAAAAUGUAAAAAUAUAUUUUUAUAAACUAUUCAUUGAGUUGAGGCAUUUAGUAGUCCAAGGAGAGGUUAAUGCAGCUGUGACUCUUUUCAGCAGAUUUUCAUUAAAACCAAAUUCUUUAGAUGUUUUCCUUUUUGAAAUGAUUUAUGAAAUUAUUUUUAAUUAAUGAAGUUUUUAUAAAUCAGUCUGAACCAAAAUUUAAAAAAAAAUUAGAUGUUAAAAUUGGUAUUUUGAAGUAUGAUUAUGAAAUUCUUCUAGUAUAGAACAGUAAUGUUUAAUAAGAAAUUUUAACAAAUCUGAAUAAGCUGAGUUGCUUUUUAAACUUACAUACUUUUCUUACUGAUCAGCAUCAGACAUAAACUGGUAAGAAAUUAAAACACUAAAGGAAUUUUCACUUUAUUUUUUCUUUAAUUAAAAGUGUUUUCUAAUACUUUUCUUGCUCGUUAGAAGUGACAAAAAGAACCUUUUUGCUCAGUUUCUAAGGUUUUUUUAGGUUCCAUUCCAGUGUUCCAGUGUACUACAUGUUCCUCCAUCCCUUUGCUUUUGGUGAGAGGUUCAUUUUAAGAGAAUGUCUCCUUUCCUCUGUAUAUGAUUAAAUCAAUCACUAGCAGCAGGCUGAAACAAUUUGUGGAUAAUUAUUUUUGCUCAAUUCUGAACUAGAGAAAUAGCUGUUGCUACCAAUAUUCAGUGUAACAAAAUGUAUGCCACUUAAGUACAGUACGACAGAGUAUGAACUGAUCCUUCAGCAGAAUUUGGCAGAAUCACUUUCUGAACCAUCCAAAAUAAGAGCUUAGCUUCAGGAUAAAUUGGUAGUUUGGUUUAAAAUCAAAUACUGUUCAGUGGUUUGAUAGGAAGGAAUUUUUAUGGAUUUGCAGGUAUUCACCAGAAAUGAUGUAGCUGGAGAAACAUGGCCAGGAUAGACACCUGGAAACAAAAAGCCCCAAAAGCCUUUUUAGAAGGUUUUCUCUUUUUUUUUUUUUUUUUUUUUUCUCUGCAGGUUUUUGAAUGAUUGUAUACAGGUGUAAAGAGAGAAUUAAUUUCAUUUUGCAUCAAAAUGUUUAUCUGUUUCUCUUACUGGCUUUUAAAGAUUCUUUAAAAUUGAAUUUCAGUCCCUCAUACAGCUUAGGUUUUGUAUAAGGAUUACAAUUCACUUAAAAUCUUUAAUAUGUUAAAUGCAGUGCAUUUUAGAUUAAUUAGCUCAAUUCACUUAAGAAAACUUGAACAUGUUGAAUGCUUCAUAGAAACCCAAACUUGUCAUUUGUGAAUAUUUAUACCCUGAAUUCUUGAACCUAAACCAAACCAAAUUUGGAAAAAAAAAAAAAAAAAACAACCAAAAAUCUUAUCAUUUUUAAUUGGAUUUUAAAUUCUUAUUUUUAUUUUUGCAUUUGAGGAACCAUACUGCAGUAUGGUAAAUUAAUUCUGGGAGUUGUGUAUUUGUGUUGAUUUGACUUGUGUGUAUUGUAGUGCUCAUUAUAGGUUGACAUCUUACUGUCAGGAUACUCUGGAAGUUCUGUAAAAUAUUUAUAGAAUUAUGAAACCUUUUGCAGCAAACUGGUUUUUUGCUCAUUCUGUAAUAUGAAAGUAAAUUGUUAGAUUAAACUUUUCAGUAAGUAGACUUGGAAUUUUUUCUGACAGGUGAUUUUAUUUCAAUAAAUUAAUCAUUUUGAUUUAUCCUUUAGAAAAGCAGAUUACAAAGGAAAUGGUAUUUAAUUAAUGUCUAGACUGCCUUGUGACAGCAUCUGAGAAUACCCUUUGUCUUCAAUUUGUUUCUUGAAGGGGUUGUGUUUUAUACUACCUUUU